AUGCAUGCGUACGCGGAAGGAGAGGAAAAAGAAAAGAAAAAAAAAGCCGUUACAGGCAAGCAGGGUGUUGCUGCUGCGGCUGAGAGAGACACUAGCACAGUAGCACUGGCCUGCACUGGCCUGCACUUUCUUGUCGUGUGGCUGGACUUAGACUGCGAAUGUAUGAUUUGCGAACUAAGGACUGAGGACUCUUCUCACAACCAGAUAUGGAAGGCAGUUACUUACUGGACUGGGCUGCUUGGCUGCUUCCCUGCCGUUCCUGUCGUUCCUGUUCCUGUUCCAGUGUGCACAGACAGGCUUUCGGAUCGUUCGGCGGAGAAAUGA